AUGACCUUGAUGUUCACCUUGACGCUUAAGCUCUUGUUUCUGAGAGGGACCAGAACACAGUCAGUGACCCAGCCUGAUGUCCACAUCACUGUUGAUGAAGGUGACCCUCUGGAGGUGAGGUGCAUCUACACAUCUUCUGUUCCUCCCUACCUCUUCUGGUACGUGCAAUAUCCCAACCAAGAGCUCCAGCUUCUCCUCAAGUAUGUAUCUACAGAAAAUAUUGUUUCUGGCAUCAAAGGUUUUGAAGCAGAAUUUAGGAAGACUGACACAUCCUUCCACUUGAGGAAAUCCUCAGCGCAUAGGAGUGACUCAGCCCAAUACUUCUGUGCUGCAUCUCACAGGUUCUGUGGAGGUAGCAGCUAUAAACUGACAUUUGGAAAAGGAACUGUCUUAACUGUGAAUCCAAAUAUCAAGGAUCCGAAACCCGCCGUGUACCAGCUGACAAAGUCUAAAUCCAGCAAUAAGACCGUCUGCCUAGUCACUGAUUUCAGUUCCGAUAAGAAUAUCCUCAAAAAUACCGAUGUGCUCGUCACUAACACAACCGUGCUGGACAUGAAGAGCACGGAGUCCAAGAGCAACGGGAUCCUGGCCUGGGAUGACACUGCCAGUUUCAGUUGCAGAGACACCUUCAACGUGACAUUCUACUCCAGCUCAGGCCUUCCCUGCAAUGCUGCAUUGGUACAGGAGAAUUUUCGAACAGACUGGAACCUGAACUACCAGAACCUGUUGGUAAUCACCUUCCGCAUCCUCUUCCUGAAAGUAACCGGCUUCAACCUGCUGAUGACAUUACGGCUCUGGUCCUGCUGAGGUCAUCAAGACUGUGAGGGUCCCAGGCCUUGGGCCCCGACUCCCUCCAUCACCUCUCUCCCUCUUCAAGCCGAGAAGCCACCUCUCAGGGCCACUGUCACCUCCACCAACGGGCCCUACAGACCACCUGCCGUCAAGAAGCUGAAGAGCUCCUGAUGCUCACCGCUGCUGCCCGCUCUGUUCCCGCUCAUCGCUGCUUGUUCCCAGCACGAGCUGGGAACUGUGGGCCAGGGCCACCUCCUCGGGGCAGCGGACAAUCUCUCUUUUUAUCCCACCCCUCAUCCCAAGACCAGGAGGUGACAGCUCCCCAGCUCUCAGACCCGAGUGCCGGGAGAACGCCACAAGGAGCUUGUAUAUGUUUAAACAAUGUUCAUAAAGAAAUCUGUAUCUUCCUUUUCCCCAAGAUGUGGGGGCAAUGAUUGUGUUACCUAGAUCCUGCUUAGCUCUGUAACCAAGCCACACUGUAUAUUCGGCUACCCACAGCUUCAUUAAAAGUGACUGCAAACGCUGA